UUCCAAUGCUAUGUCCGAUGCCGGAAGGAGGGGGGAGCGCGAAGUGUUAUGGCGACGACAACGACAACGACGACAGCAGAGCCAGAGAGUGGGGAGGGCGCUCAAGAGAUGAUGGAGGUUGAUAGAAGGAUUGAAUCAGAAGAAUCUGGAGAUGAUGAAGGGAAGAAGCAAGCAGUUUGCAUAGUAACAGACCUCAGUCAACAAAGUCUAAGAGAAGAGCAGAAUGGAGAUAAUUUAACAAGUGAAUCAGAGAUUCCAGUGGAUAUGGAAACUAUUAGCCUGGAUCCAGAGGCUGAGGAUGUUGAUCUGAAUCAUUUCCGAAUUGGCAAAAUAGAAGGGUUUGAGGUGCUCAAGAAAGCGAAGACACUUUGUCUUCGACAGAACUUGAUUAAGUGCAUUGAGAACCUACAACAGCUGCACAUUCUCAAAGAGUUGGAUCUUUAUGACAAUCAGAUUCGUAAGAUUGAGAACUUGGAAGCCUUGACAGGUCUUGAGAUCUUAGAUAUUUCAUUUAAUAUUUUACGAAACAUUGAAGGUUUGGAUCAGCUCACUCAGUUAAAGAAACUCUUCUUGGUCAACAACAAAAUCAGCAAAAUUGAGAACCUAAGCAACUUACAACAGUUGCAGAUGUUAGAGCUGGGAUCUAAUCGCAUCAGGGCAAUUCAGAAUAUCGAUGCCCUGACUAACCUGGAUAGCCUAUUUCUGGGGAAAAACAAAAUCACUAAGUUGCAGAACCUGGAUGCGUUAACAAACUUGACAGUGCUUAGCAUACAGAGCAACCGGUUAACAAAGAUUGAAGGACUACAAAAUCUGGUAAAUCUGCGAGAACUGUACCUUAGCCAUAAUGGUAUAGAGGUCAUUGAGGGCCUGGAGAAUAACAAUAAACUUACAAUGCUGGACAUUGCAGCCAAUAGGAUCAAAAAGAUUGAAAAUAUCACCCAUCUAAUAGAACUCCAGGAAUUUUGGAUGAAUGAUAAUCUUAUUGAAUGCUGGAGUGACUUAGAUGAGCUGAAAGGAGCCAAGAAGUUGGAAACAGUCUAUCUAGAACGAAACCCUCUCCAGAAGGAUCCCCAGUACCGUCGCAAAAUCAUGCUGGCUCUUCCAUCCGUCCGGCAGAUAGAUGCUACCUUUGUCCGAUUCUGAACCUUCCCUGGCCCUUUGCCUUUGCCUUUCUUCCUCUCAGAGUGUCACAACUGGGAUUUUUAUCCACAUACUGUACCCUCUGUCUUCAGCCUGCUGACACUUAACACAGCAAAUGGCCAACCAGAAGCACUGAUAUCAGACCUUGCAUACAAUGCACACACUAUUGUUGUUUUUGAAUAUUGUUGUUAUGAUGAUGAUGAUGAUUAUUAAACUCCAACAUGUGAAAUCUCCUGGUCAUAGUGAUGUCUGUCUGAAUUAGGCAAGCUAUCAAAUACUUUGUCCUCUUAAUUUUUUCAGUGCUCUGACAGUCUGCUUAGAACUAAAAUAGUCUCUGACAGAGGUUAAUGUAUUGAAACAUAUUACUUUCAUUUGGUUUGCUUUCUUAAGGUGAACAUAGAAAACAUAGAAUCAUCCAGUUAACACAGAAGCAAUUGGAUGUAUAGAGUAAAUGUCAUUAUAUUGCUGAGUUAUUUGCUUUCACCUAUGUACAUUUUCUCCACCAUGUAAUUGACUUGCUCUUUUCAAUGUACACAUCCUUGUGUUUCUCACUGUACGAAGAUGGAUAUAUUCAAUAUGCCUUUAUUUACUUUUCUGAUCACCCGAUCUGCAAAGCUUUAUGCUUUCAAGAUGCUGUUCUAUAUAGUUUCUGUUCUGCAAAAGAUGGUAGAGCGAGCUUUAUAAUCAAUAGGAAAUGGAUUUCAAACACUAAUUAUUAAAGGAAGAAGGCACAAUCCUAUAAAUGAUUGAUUUCUUCCUAAACCAGUCAAAUAACUACAGAUGGUAGAAUGGUAUAAGUGAAAUAUAAAUGUAUUUGGGUGCCAACAGUUCCUGAUAGGCAGAAAAACAGUGUUGAUUUUGAGUUGAGGAGUCAGUUGAGGAGGAACUGACUUUUGCAGCCGAGAGAUGGUGUGUUUUUUUUAACAGAGGCCCUGUAGGCAUGCCAUUGCUUUGGAAAGAAGCUGGCAGUAAAGGUGUAUGAUUCCCUCUUUUAAAUAUUCAUAUGAUAAACAAAUCUGAAUAAAACCACAACAAGUAGUCAAAUUGUAAGCAUUUUUUCAAAGUAAGAGGAUGCUGUAUUGAUCAAUAUUACAGCUGAGCUAGUUUGAAUGUUUUCUGUAGAAAAAAACCCUGAUCAUUCCAAAUAUGGUAAAUAGUAAAUUGUAUUUCUCUAGAGAUUUUGAUCUUCCAGUUUUCAUCCCUAACUAGCAUGGCAACAGUAAGCCCAAUAUAUCCAGAAGCGAGCAGAUUGCUUAUCUAGAGUAACUGAUGAUAAUAUGGUGACUUUAAGUAUAAAAAAAAGUUCAUUUCCAUCCUCUUUAUAGUAAUAUUGCAAAAAAAUAUUGAUUGAAAUCACUGGUCAUCGACAAAUUAUUACGAAAUACGUUUUGAUCACAUAUUAGUAUUUAAAGAAGAACAGAAAUUAAUACAUUUGAGGAAGAGGGUGGAGCCUCCCAGCGAUACCAGGCAUAGCAAACAGUCACCUCCGUUCCUAUACUGGCUUUCUCCCUGUUUGUGGGCUCCAAUAGGAGUCAAAGCUGCCCUGUAGGGGCAGUGAAGCUAAGGAGGGGCUCUCUGAGGUAGCAGGAGAGAUUGCAAUCUCCUGUGAGCCCAGGGGCUUUUUCCCUCUACACCACAUCAAGGAGAAGAGGCAAUCCAAGAUGGCUGCCAUGAAAGCUGGGAGAGAUGACGACCAUCUAAGUACUGCAGGGAUGGAUUUUGGUGAACAGCUGUGAACCAGGUGAGAAGAAUUCUUUGUAUUUUAACCCCCAAAAAAUAUCCAGGAAAAGAGAGGUUCACUAUUUUUAAAAAACAGCAGCGAUCUAGCACUCUUUAAAUGCUAGAAUUACCCACUUAAAAACCAACGCUAUUUUAAAAGGCAAAAGAAUGCUUAAAAGGAAACUUUAAAAUAUAGAAAUCCUGGAAAAUAGCUGAAAAUAGCUGAACAACCUGAAAGGUGAUCCUUGGGAGGAGCUGUCUUUCAUAUUUGUAAUUUCUAAACCCAAAGAAGAAGAAUACAACAGUGUUACAUCCUCUAACGAAAGUGAAGAACAUCUAAUACACAUAAUAGAAGAAAGCGGACUGACCUUGACUCUAUCUCAGAAGGCGAUUUGAAUAUUUUGAACUACUGAGUUUCACUUUUUGAAGAUUUUAAAGAUGAAUUAAAUUGUUAAUAAUUAAAUACUAUUGAAAUUAGUUAUUGAACUGAGGACUCAAAAGAUUGGAGAAAACACAAUGGAUUAAUUUGGAUUUGGACUAUUAAUAGUAUCUGAUAGAACAUCACACGAGACCAAAGAAGAAGAGA